AUGGAUGAACAAGUUCAAGCAAUGAACAUUGAAGAAAAGAGGGUUGUAGCAGAACCUACUGAAGCAUUGGAAGAUAUUCCCUUGGAUGAAGAUAACCCUGAGAGGUGUACCAGGGUUGGAGCAGAUUUAGAAGAGAAGAUUAAGACGGACCUCGUCCAAUUUUUGAAGAACAACAUCGACGUGUUUGCGUGGAGUCACGAUGAUAUGCCGGGGGCGACAUAUCAGAGGUUGGUCAACCACAUGUUCCGUCCGCAGAUUGGGCGGAAUGUGGAAGUCUAUGUAGAUGACAUGCUGGUUCUCAAAAAAGCAUUCGAAUGGACCGACGAGUGUCAGAGAGCUUUCGAAGAUUUGAAGGUAUACCUUACCAGGGCACCGCUGCUAAGUCCAUCAGUGGAAGGAGAGGAACUAUAUUUGUACCUAGCGGUAACCCCAUAUGCUGUGAGCUCAGCAUUGAUAAGAGAGGAAGAUAAAGUCCAAAGACCUGUGUAUUAUACAAGCAAGGCAUUGAAAGGAGCGGAAGGACGAUAUCCACAAAUGGAGAAGUUGGCCUUCGCACUAAUCACAGCUUCAAGGAAGCUGAGGCAUUAUUUCCAAGCACAUGUCAUUAAUGUUAUGACAGAUCAUCCUCUCAAAAAAGCAAUGAAUAGACUGGAAGCUGCAGGGCGAUUAAUCCAGUGGGCUGUGGAGCUAAGUGAGUUCGAUAUCAGAUAUCAACCAAGGCAUGCCAUAAAAGCUCAAGCCCUAGUAGAUUUUAUUGCAGAGUUUACCCCAAGUCAUAAUGAGGCAGAGGACAGCAAGAGAUGGAUCGUCCACGUGGAUGGUUCGUCUACACGGCAUGCAGGAGGAAUUGGUGUGGUCCUGCAGUCCCCAGAGGGAGACAAACUGAAACAUAAAGUCCGUCUACAGUACCAAGCGACAAACAAUGAAGUCGAAUAUGAAGCCCUCCUCAAACGGCUAGAAUUGGCGAAGUCCGUGGAAGCCAAGUCCAUAUGUGUCAUGGGAGAUUCCCAACUGAUCAUGGGGCAAGUGAAUGGGAUGUAUGAAGCGAAGGAAGGACGAAUGAAGAAAUACCUUGGUAGGGUGAUGCGCCUUGUGAAAAGGUUUGAAAAAGCUGACUUCGUUCAAAUCCCCAGGGAGGAGAACGUGGAAGCUGAUACUAUAGCAAAAGAGGCCUCAGCAGAUGAAUCAUUAGAGAAGUCAGAUAAAGUUCAGUAUAUGCCGAGUAUAGAUGCCCAGGAAGUACAGCAGGUGGAUAACAGAGAAAAUUGGAUGACUCCCAUUAUAUCAUAUUUGAAAGACGGACGACUACUAGAAGAAAAGGACGAGGCCAGAAAGAUGGGGGUGAGAUCAGCUAGAUACGUCCUUAUGAAUGAAGUGCUAUACAAGAGAGGUUUUUCUCAACCUUACCUUAGGUGCCUAGCUCCGGACGAAGCGAACUACGUGCUGAGAGAAGUUCACGAAGGGGCAUGUGGCAAUCACUCAGGAGCCAGAUCACUUGUCCACAAGGUCGUCCGUGCAGGAUAUUACUGGCCGAACAUGCAAGCUGAUGCAAAAGCAUACGUUAAAGUCUGCGACCAGUGCCAGCGAUUUAGCAAUGUCCCCAGGCAACCAUCGGAAUACCUCACCCCAAUGGUAGCACCGUGGCCCUUCGCACAAUGGGGAUUGGACAUUUUGGGUCCCUUCCCUUUGGGAGUAAGGCAGAUGAAGUUUUUAGUUGUGGGCAUCGAUUAUUUCACCAAAUGGGUGGAGGCAGAACCGUUGGCAAAUAUCACACAACAGAAUGUUAAGAACUUCAUGUGGAAGAACAUUGUCUGCAGAUUUGGAGUGCCGAAGAUAUUGGUGUCUGACAACGGACGGACCACUGUGAGGACCCCUACAGGGGAGACCCCUUUCAAGUUAGCCUAUGGAAGCGAUGCAGUCAUACCUGCAGAAGUGCAUAUGGCUAAUCACAGGGUGAUGACGUAUCAAGACAAGGAUAAUGAGGACCAGCUUCGUCUGAACCUCGAUCUAAUAGACGAGUUUGAAACUAUGAUUUACUUUUUAUAG